AUGCGUUGUUCCCUGUUUCCCCAGGCAGGGAAGCCCCCCAUCCAGGACCUCUUCACAGACCUGUGUGAUGGCCGUCGCCUGCUGGAGCUGCUGGAGGGACUGGCAGGGCACGAGCUGGUGAAAGAGAGAGGAGUCACGCGCCUCCACUCACUAAACAAUGUUAAUAGAGCUCUGCAGAUCCUACAGAAGAACAAUGUUGAACUGGUGAAUAUAGGAGGAGCCGACAUUGUUGAUGGGAAUCAUAAACUGAUUCUUGGACUCAUUUGGAGCAUAAUUCUCCACUGGCAGGUAAAGGAUGUGAUGAAGGAUGUGAUGGCAGGCCUACAGCAGACCAACAGUGAGAAGAUUCUGCUUAGCUGGGUGCGCCAGUCCACCAAGGACUAUCCCCACGUCAAUGUGGUCAACUUCUCCUCCAGCUGGGCCGACGGCCUGGCCUUCAACGCACUCAUCCAUAGCCACAGGUAUCUAUAACACUCAUCCACAGCCACAGGUAGGAGGAUACUCCUCCAUAACACUCAUCCAUAACUGGCCUUCAAUUCACUCAUCCAUAGCCACAGGUAUCUAUAACACUCAUCCACCGGUGUCUAUACCACUCAUCCACAGGUGUCUAUACCACUCAUCCACAGGUAUCUAUAAUGCUCAUCCAUAACUGGCCUUCAAUGCACUCAUCCACAGCCACAGGUGUCUAUAACCCUCAUCCAUAACUGGCCUUCAAUGCACUCAUCCACAGCCACAGGUAUCUAUAACACUCAUCCACAGCCACAGGUCAGAGACACUCAUCCUUAACACUCAUCCACAGCCACAGGUCAGAGACACUCAUCCAUAACACACAGCCACAGGUCAGAGACACUCAUCCAUAACACUCAUCCACAGCCACAGGUCAGAGACACUCAUCCACAGCCACAGGUCAGAGACACUCAUCCAUAACACACAGCCACAGGACAGAGACACUCAUCCAUAACACUCAUCCACAGCCACAGGUCAGAGACACUCAUCCAUAACACUCAUCCACAGCCACAGGUCAGAGACACUCAUCCUUAACACUCAUCCACAGCCACAUUUCAGAGACACUCAUCCUUAACACUCAUCCACAGCCACAGGUCAGAGACACUCAUCCAUAACACUCAUCCACAGCCACAGGUCAGAAACACUCAUCCUUAACUCUCAUCCACAGCCUGUGGGGAAUUGUGAAUUUGCUCAAGGUGUAGAAAAUAAGAUAAGUUGAACAACUGCACUAUUUAAGGUUUAAUAGACAGUAGACAGACAUAUUGGGAGACAGACGCGUUCCUCUGAGAGGUU